AUGAACAAGAUUGGAAGCAAAUUAUCAAAUAAGCACAAAAUAGCAUUGGGAGUUGUUGUUCUACUUGCUGUAGGGGGAAUAGUGGGACUGAUAGUGGCUCUAGGAAAUAUGAAGGAUGAUGAUGCGAAAAUUCAGUCACAGAAUAUAAUUGAGACUAGAUCAAAGGAAUCACAAUCAGAAACAAAUACUACACCUACGCCUACACCGAUACCUACACCACACUUUAUUGUGAUGGUAGACAAUAGUGUGAUCUAUAAUACACCAUUUCCAGGUGCGUAUACCACAAAACUGAUCAAUUACCCAAAUGUGAAUAAAAUAGAUCAACUUAUGAGAAAAAAGGAACAAAAAAAGAGAGGGAAGAAGAAAUUACCUGGUGAGAGUAACUACGAUAAGAUCAGGAAAUUCUUUAACUUAGUAGAUGACAUGAUAACAACAGACUUGGAAAAAUUGAAUUGCCACAGAGAUAAGCCAAAUAACCUCCAUAUUCUGUCAGGGAACACGAUCAGGUACAUCAACAAUUUUGGGGAUGUGUGGAUCAAAGUGGUCACUGAAGAGAAGAGUGUUGCAAACAGGAGGAAGUUGCUGGCCAUCAGCAACAAAAUAGCGAAACUGAAACAUGAGAACGUGAUAGACGUCAUGAAGGUGAUGAAAUUUAGUAGGACGAAUGUGAAAAUGGUCAACUUCGUUGAAACUCUCAUUAUGGGACCAGAAAUAGCAGAAGACCACUUUAAGACCGCUAUUAGGGCAAUGGGCACAAAUUAUGAGGAGACUGAAGAUCUCAUUAGGAGAUACGCGAGGGAUGUUUUGAGUGGCCUAAGUGAGUUGCAUAGGCUGGGUAUAGCACUGCUGAACUUAGAUACGGGAUCUAUUUCGGGCUACUCCGUUAGUGCUAAAGUUGUAUUCAAAAUAUCGCGAUUGACUGACUGUGUGAACCACACCACGUUGUUGAAGAGUGGUAGGCCAAUUAGGUACUGCACCAAGGAAGAGCGUAGCACCAAAAGUGCUGGAACCCACUCAGACGUAUUCAUGUUUGGGAUGAUACUGGCUGACUUAGGGGUGAUGAAGGAUGGUGACAAGUGUAUAGGCGAGUACGAGGGGGCUAAGUGUGACGCAUACGACUACGAUGACUUCUACAGGAACUACGAGUUCAACAAGAACUAUUCGUACGCAAUCAGGGACUUCAUGGCACUCUGUUUGACCAGUGAUGUUAGUAGGAGACCAGACGUAAAUGUGCUACUGAGUCACGCAUUCAUUAAGGGCGGAGAACUGAGGAUGACUGAAAAGAGGAAGCAGAUGCUCGAUGGCAAAAUUGAAACAUGA